GGAAAAAUAGGAAGAAAACCAAUCAUUUGGAAUGUAACAGUAGUCGCUUGGUAGUACAGAACUUAAAUCUUGCUGAAAAGGGAGACAUAUUGCUGAAGCUUUUCAUCUUGCACACAAUCGGGACAAUCACAAGAAUACCAAACUUCAAACGAUUGCAACAAUUUAUACUACAGGAGAAAAGGGUGCUGGUUGAUUGGCAGGUAUUCUCUGGCUGAGGCAUUGCCAUGGAGAAAACGACAGGGAACUUUAAGUUUCCCAAGCUUCCAAGGAAUUUUUAAAAAGAUCUCUGGCAGUUGGUACGAGCUCUGGUUAUAAACUUUUCUCAUUGUCAUCGGUAGACAGGUUGGAGGAAAUCUACAAAUGCACAGAUGCACCUGAUGUGUAUAUUGUGGAACGCCUGUUUUCCAGCAGCUUGGUGGUCAUUGUCGGCCUCUCGACACCACAGAGGAUGAACGUUUAUCAUUUCAAGAAAGGGACUGAGAUUUGCAAUUACAGCUAUUCCAAUACCAUCCUCACAGUUAGGCUGAACAGACAGAGGCUGAUAGUUUGUUUGGAGGAGGCCAUUUACAUUCAUAACAUCAAGGACUUGAAGUUACUGAAAACCAUUCAAGAUAUACCACCAAACCGCACAGGUCUUUGUGCACUUUCCAUCAAUCAUUCCAACUCCUAUUUGGCAUAUCCUGGCAAUGCCACAAUAGGGGAGAUAGUGAUUUAUGAUGCAAAUAACUUGCACAGUGUUUCCGUAAUCCCUGCACAUGAUGGUCCACUUGCUGCACUGACCUUCAACUUCACAGGUUCAAAACUGGCAAGUGCCUCAGAAAAGGGUACUGUUAUUCGUGUCUUUUCCACGCCUGAGGGACAGAAACUCUAUGAAUUCAGGAGAGGAAUGAAAAGGUAUGUAAAUAUUGGCUCCCUGGCUUUCAGCAGAGACUCCCAGUUCCUGUCAGCAUCAAGUAAUACAGAAACUAUUCAUAUCUUCAAACUUGAACAGCCCAGCCAGAGCAGGCCCCAGGAGGAGUCUCCAACUUGGAGUGGAUAUAUGGGGAAGAUGUUUAUGGCAGCCACUAACUACCUCCCUACCCAGGUAUCGGGCAUAAUAAACCAGGAUCGAGCAUUUGCAACAGUACGUCUCAACUUCUCUGGGCAAAGGAGCAUCUGUAUGCUUACUAUGAUUCAGAAGUUACCUCGACUUCUUGUUGCCGCCUCAGAUGGAUUCCUGUACAUUUACAACUUGGACCCUCAUGAUGGUGGAGAAUGUGUUCUCAUAAAAAAACACAGGCUGCACAGUGAAGAUGACAACAGUGACACUGCCAAAUCUGACUUGACACCACCCACCUCACCAACCUAUGCAGCGACCGUUGCCAAAACCAGCACAGUGCCUUCGUCAUCAACAAUGCCAGGAUAUUCUGAAGAUGGGGGGAUUCUGCAUGGAGAGAUCAUUCCUGAGCAUGAGCUUGCUGCUGGACCAUUACACCUGGAUGAUGAGACUGAAUUCCCUCCUGUGAGCAUACAGAAUAACAGCCAACACUUUGUCACGCACAAGGAUUUAUUCAUGCCGAGGAAGCCAGAGUGAGAAGAAGAAGAAGUUGUGAGACUGAAAAAAACAGGAUUAGUAUCGUGAGUGAAGAUAGUGAUUAUAGACAACACGAUUUGAAGAAGAGAGUCUGAAAUCGGUACGCGUGAGAUGGAAUAAUUUUAACACACAAAAGUGUUUCUCUUUAAAAUAGCAAAACAAAAUCCCAAUUAUUCAACCUUGUAUGACGGCCACCAGCUUUAGUUGUUUUCAGGGAACCAAAAUGGGUAUGUUAUUAGGAAAAAUACAUGACCAAACUAAUCAAAUUAGCAUUGCCACACUGGACAGAAAAAUGACCAAUUUUCUUAGUGUGGUUAUUUAAUCCUAUUAUUUUGAAAGGUUUUAUAAUAAUGUUACUUACUUUGAAAAUGUUGUCCAACUCUGUAUUUUAUUCUAUAUAUAUAUAUAAUAUAUAUAUAUAUAUAUAUAUAUAUCUUAAGCAUAUACAAAUGUAGCAGUUUAUCAUCUUGAGCAAAAUCCUCAGCUGAACAGGCUGUCGAAAGUGCCUGUCCAAGUAUUUUAACAUGUCAGAGUAUUUUGAAUGAAAUUGCACAAAACUAUAAUGUUCAUCAAAUAAAGUAGCAGUAGAAAUAAAAUGUUGCAAUAUA